AUGGACCAUCCGUUCGAUAUUGAGCAGGACAACAAUCCAUCCCUCUAUGGUAAUUCCUUCCAAGAUGAUCAGUACUUUAACAAGUCAUUGUCAGUUCUGUCUACACUACACAAACUUUUGGCUUCAUCCACAUUACAAAUAGAGAUUGCUCAAACCGAAAAGCUUAUAAACUCCAACAUCAUAGUUUACUUGAUAAAGGUAUUCGACUCCGAAACUACAGAUCAUAUAAUUGUAAAGCGUCGGUAUAGUGAGUUUAAGUCCUUUCGGGACAACUUAUUGAAGCUUUACCCGACAAAGUUGAUUCCUCCUAUCCCUGAAAAGCAUUCACUACUCUCAUAUGUGUUAAAUUCUAUCAAUGCAAAUAAUGAAGUGGAACUAAUUGGCUUCAGGAAGAGAUUUUUUAACCAGUUCAUGAUUGACUUAAUAGCUGUUCGAUUCCUCAAUUCUUCUCCUUUUCUACAGAAAUUCUUGGACCCAAACUACGAAUUAUGCUGGAAUAAUGCAUUAAACGAGCUGCCCAUAAGCAAUCUACCCAAAAGCCUUUUACUAUCUAAUCCCUUAGAUCCAACAGAUCAAAAUGGUCUCUAUUUGUUACUACCCAAAAUUAACAGCUUUCAUAACAACAAUUUACUGGAGUUGUAUAAACUCAACUUGGAUCCAUUGAGCCACAUGAAUGAUUCUUUAUUGCGAUUGAGCAAUCAAAUAAAUUUUGCUAAGUUCCCAGUCAACGAGUUUGUCACUAUUCCGACAAAUAUCAUCAAUUUUGAGACGUACAUUCUUCACAACCUCAAAAUCUUGAAGAAUCUUCACAAGUAUAAUGCUGGUCAUAUCAAGAAUUUCAAAUUGUUAUUGUCAAUAAUGAUUAAUUUGGGAGGCAAUUUGAACAACUUUUCCUUGGAGAUAUAUGAGCUAAACACUCACCUCAGUAACCUUAUUGAAAAGUUUGGAUCUAUCAUUGAUCUUAACUUUUUGAACUUUGAAAACUUCUUGUUUGAGAACUUUAUACCCCAUUGGCACGAAACUAUCACUCAGCUUUAUCAAUAUUUUAACAUUGCAUUAAACUUGCUCAACUUUUACAAGUAUAAGAUUUUGCAAUUUAAGAUCCUUUUCAACACGAAGUUUGCAAUCUUUAACCAAUUGACCAAUUUGAAUACUUCUUUGAGUGUCAAUGAUUUAAACCAUUUGAAUGAGUUAAAUUCACCCUCCAUUAAUAAUUUGGUUAAGAGCUACCAGUCUAGAGGACUGUUACGGACAAAGAAGUCUUGGUUUAGAGUAUUCGGAGGUAGUAAUGCCACUGCUGCUAGUAGUCUACCCUCUCCAGCUUUGUCAGCCAAGGCCAACAAUUCUAGUUCAACACCUUCUACACCCGACAAUCCUGAUGCUCGGAUAAAAAUUGAAUACUUAGAACGGGAAUUGAAUAAGUUGGAUCAGUUGAUUGAUUUGAUGAAUCAUGAUUUAGUAAGUUUAACGAAGGAAAUCGACCAUAACUUAGGAGAAUUUGCCAAACUUAUUGAGAAAAAGUGGUUGGAGGUUUUUCUAAAUUUUAUACAAUCCACCAAACAGUUGUUCAUUGAAAAUUUGAGCAAUUGGCAGGAAUUCAAAGAUGCUUUUGAAUGUUAG